AUGUCAGAGCAGCAAAGAAGAAUUAAACCAUUGGAUGUGAGUGUUGUUAAUAAAAUUGCAGCUGGUGAGAUUAUUAUAUCUCCGGUCAAUGCAUUAAAAGAAUUGUUAGAAAAUUCUAUAGAUGCUGGUGCUACCAUGAUCGAUGUAUUAGUGAAAGAUGGUGGGAUUAAAGUAUUACAAAUUAGUGAUAAUGGUUGUGGUAUCCAUAAAAGUGAUCUGCCUAUACUUUGUGAAAGGUUCACCACAUCUAAGUUGAUUCAGUUUGAGGAUUUGGAGUCUAUUUCGACAUAUGGUUUUCGUGGGGAAGCAUUGGCUAGUAUAUCACACAUAGCUAAAGUGACGGUAACUACAAAGACUAAAGAGGAUAAAUGUGCAUGGAAGGUUUCUUUUAUGGAAGGCCGUAUGUUAUCUGAUCCAGUUCCAAUUGCUGGAAAGGAUGGAACCGUUAUUCUGGUAGAAGACCUAUUUUAUAACAUUCCUUCUAGAUUAAGGGCUUUACGUUCCCCAAAUGAUGAAUAUAACAAAAUUUUAGAUGUGUUGGGCAAAUAUUCCAUACAUUGUCAAGGUAUUGGUUUCACUUGUAAGAAAUUUGGUACUUCUACUCUUUCAUUAACAGUUAAACCAAACCUUUCUAUUAGCGAUAGAAUAAGAUGUAUAUAUGGGAAUUCUGUUGUGUCCAACUUGAUUCCAUUCGAAGUAAAAGAUGAUAUUCAGGAAUUAAAUAUCAAUAAAGUAGAAGGCCAAAUUACAGAUUUAAAUUAUCUGUCAAAAAAAUCCACACCACCAAUUUUUUUUAUUAAUAAUAGAUUAGUAACAUGUGAACCUUUAAGAAGAUCUCUACAACAAGUAUAUCAACUCUAUUUGCCCAAAGGUAACAAACCUUUUAUAUAUUUAAGCUUACUAAUUCAACCAGACACUGUUGAUGUAAAUGUUCACCCAACAAAAAAGGAAGUCAGAUUUUUAAACCAAGAUGAGAUAAUUGAGAAAAUUAGUUCGCAUUUACAGCAGAAAUUGGUAAAAUUAGAUUCUUCUAGAACAUUUAAAACAUCAACUUUACUCACUGGUUCACAAAAGAACGGUAUUUCAUCUACUCCGUUUUCUAACAUACCUUCUUCUUCAUCACAAAGAAAGACUCAAAGAUUACUCGAUGAAUCUGGUGAUAAUCAUUUCCUGUCUUUGUCAUCCCAAAAUAGAGCAUUUAAUAGAUAUGAUUCAGCUGUCGCUAAAGUUAAAAGAUAUGACCACAAUUUAAUCCGUACAGAUUCCAACCAAUCAAAAAUCACAACUUUUUUAAAAUCAAAUCAAUACAUGAAUGAAGUACCUCCAAUAAAUAAUAAGAUAUCUGAUAAACCACAACUAACUCAAAAUUCGACAGAAAACGGUACGGCCACUAUUGAUGAAAAUAAUCGACUGAGUUUUACUGAGUCUGUCACCAAGGUGUGUAACAAUGAAAGUAAUGAAACUAUUUAUCAUGAUAAAUCGUACACAGAAACUAAAAAUAUUGAAAACUUAUAUAAAGAUUUGGAAGAAAAUAAAAAUGAUGAAAUUGAAAUUACAAAAAUUGAAGAUAGUAGUAGAAUAAACUCAUCUUUUGCUAUGGACGUAAACAAUGAUCAAAAAAGUAAAUAUACAAUUUCACCAAAAAAAAGAGUAGAUGUGAAUUUAACUAGUAUCAAGGAGUUACGUGAAGCUGUAGAUGAUUCAACACAUAGGGAAUUAACUACAGUAUUUGCCAAUCUUUCAUAUAUUGGAUUGGUUGAUGAGGAAAGAAGAAUAGCGGCUAUUCAACAUGAUUUGAAAUUGUUUCUAGUAGAUUACGGCUCAGUCUCACAUGAACUGUUUUAUCAAAUCGGAUUAACAGAUUUUUCAAAUUUUGGUAAAAUCAAUUUAGAUUCAAAGUACAAGAGUGAUUUGGUUUUAAUGAACAUUUUAAAUGUAUUCAAUGAUGUUGAACCAACCGUUAAAGAAAACAUUAUAUUAAAGCUUUGGGAAAUGAGAGAAAUGAUGGAUGAAUAUUUCUCUAUAUCAAUUACAUGUGACAACAGCGAAUAUUCUCCUGAUGCUGUGAGGAUUAACUCUUUACCACUGCUAUUAAAGGGCUAUAAUCCACCAUUGGGUAAGCUUCCAUAUCUUAUAUAUCGGUUAGGAACUAAGGUUAAUUGGCAGGAAGAAAAACCGUGUUUUAACGAUAUUAUACACCAAAUUGCUUUAUUUUAUAUUCCAGAAAUAAUACCAAAGAGUAGUACACUAAAGGAAACUGGAAUUAUGGCCACGAACAAGGAGAUUCAAAAUGAGCAAGAUAUUGAACUAGUUAAACGUAAAGAAGAGAUGGUGUCUACUUUAGAACACGUGUUAUUCCCAUGCAUAAAAAGAAGAUUAUUAGCUCCUAGAAAAUUACUUAAAGAUGUUGUAGAAAUUGCUAAUCUGCCAGGCCUAUAUAAAGUCUUUGAGAGGUGUUAA